UUUCUCUUUCAAAAGCUGAAAACAAAAGUUCACAGUCUCUCUCUCUCUCUGGCUUUCUUAUUCAUUCACCAUUCUCUCACACGCAACCCUGUAUUUUAUUAUUGUUUCCAAAAACCAUGCCUGUAUUCUUUGAAACCCACGAAGUUCUUCCUAGAUUUCUAAGCAUCAGGCAAGGUUCCUUAAUUUUUAUUGAAAUGGUCACUAGUAACUGUUGCUCUGGCAAUGACUGUCAUAGUGUUGUGUUGAUUUCACAUUCUUCGCCAUGCAAUUAGUCUCAAAUGAUGGUCAUAGGGAAGGUAUUUUAGAAAGCGAACCAAUCCUACAUCAAGCAGGCUCUGUAGAACCUUCAUCUUCAUGUGAGAUAACAGCUAUUGGAGGGGAUUGUGCUGUUGUUAAUGAUGAUUUACAAGAUCUUCAACUUGAUGAAGAUUGUCCUCUAGUGAAUUCAGACCAACACCAAUGCCGUAUAUGCCUUGAUAUUGGAGGUGAAGACUUAAUUGCACCAUGCCAUUGCAAAGGCACCCAGAAGUAUGUCCAUAGAUCUUGUCUUGAUAAUUGGAGGUCAACUAAGGAGGGUUUUGCUUUUGCUCACUGUACAGAGUGUAGGGCCGUGUUCAUAUUACGUGCGAAUGUCCCACCUGAUCGCUGGUGGUUGAGAUUGAAAUUUCAGUUUCUUGUUGCUAGGGACCAUGCGUUCAUUUUUAUAAUUGUUCAGCUGAUUGUGGCGUUCUUGGGGGUACUAGUAUACAAAUUUUAUGGAGAUGAGCUAAGGGAAAUGUUUGGAUAUGAAGAACACCCGUAUGGGUUUUACAUAAUGGCUGUUUUAGCUAUCGUUUUGGUGGGUUUGCUCUACGGUUUCUUUAUAGCGAUAAUAUGCGGACAGAGGAUCAAUGAACGCCAUUACCAUGUUCUUGCCAAACAAGAACUAACAAAAGAGUAUGUGGUCGAAGACCGAGAAGAUAAUAAGAAUGUCCCGGAACUUGACCCUAGUCAUGUUACAGAGCUCAGGAUGUUGGGCCUUUAUUAAUUUGGAAGUCUACGUGUCCCACUUAUUUUCUGGGUUUGUUGUGCUGUGGCUGGUGAUACUUUAGAGUGAAGUGUACAUUUUCUUGUUGUAUUAAACCAAUAUCACUCUGUGGACUGUUUUGUAACUUUUGGAUGCACUCUAUUCGCAUGUGCUCCAUGAAUUGAAGUUUCAUUGGAGUCGGUCUCAAAUCUCUACAAUCCUGUCUUUCUUUUCAGGAUUUGGGUUCCCUGUUGCUGGUAUCAUUUCAGAUGUGGCAUGUGAAUAUUGAAGUGGCCAAUUGGUUUUUUCUCUUUGCCAAGUAUUUGAUAUGUUGUCAGCAUUGUCCUUCAUGUCAGGCUGCAUAUACAUAAGGAGUGCGUGGUUUGUGAUAUACCACAAGAAUUUCUAUACCUGCAAGUGCACUCCCCAGUGCUAUCUUGGGCCUCAAUUCCACAGCGAUAGAUAUUUACUAUAAAUAUAUACAGAUUCAACAAAGAGCAACUAGUGUAUACCUUUUUGUGACUGAUGUUACACUUUUCUUUAUUGAGAGAAUAAGAAUACAGUUGAAAUGGGUUAAAGUUGUUCAUUUUUCUUGGUGAA